GCAGUCAGUAUUGCAUUCCCUCCACAGCAGCGGGCCGAUCUUGACCGAGCGCACCUCAUAUUGUUUUCCCCUAGAUGGAACCCUCCCACCUUGCUCCAUGAGAUAGCCUGUGGUUCCUUUCAACCCAUUUCGUCUCUCUGCACACACGUUACCAAGCAACUGCGCGUCCAACACCCCCCAAGUAGUAGCACAACACGGACAAUCAUUGGGGACCAUUCCAAUCCACGACAAACGAUGUACGGCCGCGCCCAGCGUGCCGAGAGGCCGUCCGCUGCCACCAGGACUACUGGUGGUGCUGCUGGGCGGUCUGCACUCCGUCCACCCACCGCGAGGACAUCGUCAUUACGCCAACCCAUGAGCCACCAGGCUGUCGCGGCCGCUCGCAUUGAUCGCUCUGUUGCAGCCUCCCCAGCCGACUCGAUGCUCUCCGUCGCGACUACCGGCACCAAGCGCAAGGACCGUGACUUCGAAAUCGAAGCUGCCGGUGAGGAGACGAACAUUAAUGUCGUCGUACGAUGCCGCGGCCGCAACGAGCGCGAGGUGAGGGAGAAUAGUGCCGUCGUUGUCUCGACAGACGCAGUCAAGGGGAAGCAGGUCGAGCUCUCCAUGGGUCCUAGCGCACUCAGCAACAAAACAUAUCAGUUCGACCGCGUCUUCUCGCCCGCCGCCGACCAAACUAUGGUUUACGACGAAGUGGUCAAGCCGAUUCUCGAAGAGAUGCUUGGCGGUUUCAACUGCACAAUUUUCGCCUACGGUCAAACAGGUACAGGAAAGACCUAUACGAUGUCUGGGGACAUGGACAACACCCUGGGUCUGCUCUCGGACAAUGCUGGCAUCAUACCUCGAGUCCUUCAGUCGCUGUUCAACAAGCUUGACAUGGAAGAGACGGAAAGCUUUGUCAAGUGCUCCUUCAUUGAGUUGUACAACGAGGAGCUCAAAGACCUUAUCGCGGCCGAUGACAAUAUCAAGCUCAAAAUCUUCGACGAUACAUCUCGCAAGAGCCAUGCCUCGACCGUGGUGCAGGGCAUGGAAGAGUCACAUAUUAAGAAUGCCGAGGAAGGCAUCAAACUGCUCCAGAAGGGUAGUUUGAAGCGCCAGGUUGCCUCCACGAAGUGCAAUGACCUCAGUAGUCGAAGUCAUACGGUAUUCACGAUCACGGCUUGCAUAAAACGGACCGGAGAGGACGGCGAGGACUAUGUCAGCGCUGGCAAAUUAAAUCUUGUCGACCUUGCUGGCAGCGAGAACAUCCAGAGGUCCGGCGCGGAAAACAAGCGCGCUGCCGAGGCGGGACUGAUCAACAAGAGUUUGCUCACUCUGGGCCGCGUCAUUAACGCUCUUGUAGACCGCGGCUCACAUAUUCCGUACAGAGAGUCCAAACUCACGCGCCUACUACAAGACUCUCUUGGUGGCCGCACGAAGACCUGCAUCAUUGCCACCGUGUCUCCAGCCAAGUCCAACCUCGAGGAGACGAUCUCCACUCUUGACUACGCCUUCCGAGCCAAGAACAUCCGGAACAAGCCCCAGCUCAACCAGCUCAUCAGCAAAAAAACUCUUUUCCGAGAAUUUACACACGAAAUCGAGCGACUGAAGAGCGAACUGAUUGCGACCCGGCAGCGAAAUGGAGUAUAUCUCACAAACGAAAGCUACGAGGAAAUGACCAUGGAGAGCGAGUCCAGGAGAAUUCAGAAUGAGGAGCAAGCUGCCAAGCUCGAAACCAUGGAGUCGAACCUGAAGAACAAGGUGCAGGAGCUCUUCACACUGACGUCAAAUUUCAUGGGCCUGCGAUCCGAGCACGACUCGAUCAAGGUGCAAUUCGACCAAACGAAGGGCGUGCUCGAUCAGACCGAGCUUGUGCUUGAAGCCACCAGGAAAUCAUUGGCUGAAGAGGUCUAUGUUCGCAAGGCUCACCAGAGGACGGAAGAGCAGAUGCACAUCAUUGGCGGAGAGCUCAUCUCGACUGUUCAGCAGACUGUGAAGGAUCUCGGUGGCUUACGAGCGAAGAACAAAAGAAAGUCUGACCUGCAAAUGCUCAACAGAACUAACUGGGCCUCAGCCCAAGACCAAGUGGCUGAUGUGACAGCUAUGGUCGAAAGCCGGAUCGAGGCGUUCCAAGCCUCGCAGGAGGAACACAUUGCAACAAUUUCGCAGCGCAUGGAGGCAUUUGUCACCUCAGAACUCCAGAAACUGUCAUCGACGCAGACAUUCCUCGACCAGAAUCUCGAGCUCUUUGUGCAGUCCAAGAGGGAAUUGAUGGAGCAACAGGAUCAAUCGCGCGAUGAGAUGGAUGACGUGUUGGAGGAGAUCAAGGUCGUGCGUGAGCAUAUCAAAGAACGUGUCGGGGAAAGUCUUCAAGCCAUUGCAGCGGCUGCCGAGCGCAUUGCCGACGAUGUCGUAAGCGAGCUUGUUUCGUUCCACAGCCAGCUGAACUCAUCCUAUACCGGCAUCAAGGCCGACGUCGGGUCAACGUUUGACGACCUCCUCCAAAUCAUUGCGAGCCAGAAGCAGCAGUCCGACAAACUCAGCGAAGAAGUCAGAAAAGCUGGAGACAGCAUUGUCGCGUCAAACACCGACGUCUCGGCUCGCCUUCAGGACGCUGUUACUCAAGAACGAGAACAGGCUGCCCUGGAGCGCCAGGCACUACUCGGCCAAAUUACAGCUCUUAUCAACGCCCAGGCUGAGACAGAGCAGUUACGCUGGGCGGGAACCGUCAACUCCAUUGGCGAGAACAUUGCGGAAAAUAAUGACAGUUUCGGCAAUGCAGUUGAAGUCUACUCGGAGGGCAUCACAGCUUGGGGCCAGAAGGAGGACGGGCUGUUGGAACGCGUCACGAAAUCCAAGGACGCAUUGAACGCCAAGCUUGCUAGUGACUGGACUUCUGCCAAUGCGAAGAGCACAUCUAUUCAGGAGACAACCAAGUCUGUCCAGGCUGAAACUGUUCGUGUUGUGGAAGAACAGAUGGAGGAUCUGCAUGAGCAGAUGACAUCGCUUGACGACUUCGUCACUCGAGCUCGAUCCCACAAUGCUCAGCACAACGACCGGCACGGCGCAUCUCUCCGUUCUGUAUCAAGGACAGUCGAGAAUUCAUACAGCAGCAUCGGUGACCACUUCAAAACCACCUUUGCUCGUGUUAACGACCUGAGUGCCGACAUGCAAGCCGAGAUCAACACGGCUCAGGAGACACUACAACCUUUAUCUGAAGAUCUUGUCCAGCCUCUGGCAGCGCUUCGCGAGGACAUCUCGAGCACAAUCCUCCAAGAAUACCAGCCCACAGGUGAAACUCCUCGAAAGAUAAAUUACGAGUUUCCAACUGAGCUGCCACGCACAAAUGCCCAUGACAGGCUUGUCGCUAAGUUCAAUGGGGCCCUGUCCCCAGUCAAGUCGCGGGUGUUUUCAGAUGCGGACCCGAGUCUCGCAGAGAAUAGGUCACCCAUGCGUCGGUACCACUCGGAAGCCAUUGUCUCUUCGCUGAGAGACAAGGAUGCGAACCCGUUCUCCAUGAGCCUGCGAGAAGUCAACCCAAAUCUGAAUGCGACGACUUUGGCGUACGAUCCAAAGGCUACAGCCACCAUACACGAGUUUGAUGCCAGCCUAGGAGCUGCGGCGGUGGAUAGCACGGCUGUUGAUGGCGACAGUGACUUCACCAUGCCGCUCUACAAGAAGAGUCGAUUGACGAAGCUCAAGGGGACCCGUAAGACGAUGGCGGCCCCUGACGACCGCGAGAACCUGCCGCUCCUUGCAGACCUGGUCCCAGGACUCGGCAAAGAGAUAUUCUCCCAAAGCAUGUCGCGGAGGAAGAGCCCUCGCCUCAAUUGAGCUUGAGCUGUGGUCAAGAGUGGUAUUCGCUGAGAGUUAUACAUUGUUUGUGUUUAACCUGCACGUAAGGUGUUUGGGGCGUGCCUUCCACGGUUUCUGCUUUGUUCUGGUAUUCUUGAAGAACAGUUUGGAAUAGUCUAAGAUACCCUAGAUCAGUUGUUUGUAAUGCCUAGCCUUUUUGUUA